AUGGAUGCCGAUGUCAAUGGGAUCGAUAUCGAUGAUGACGAUGAUGACGACGAUGCUGGUAUAUUUAGCAUCGCCAAUGACUGCCACAGUGAGGACGAUGAUACCCUCACUGGUGAAGACAACGUUCUUUCAGCAGUGCACACGAAGCGCACUGCUGUUGACAAGGAUGAAUCAGCAGAAGAAUUUCUGCUGACUCGCGAAGCGGCUGUCCGCUUCGCUCAAGACUCUAUUUCAGAUGCACUGGAUAGACAGAAAAGAGAUGCAGACGAACGUGGAAGAGCAGAUGUUCUUUCAUUUGAUGAAGGAGACCUAGUUUUAUUUUCUACAGUAAACUUACCGAAGCACGCAGUAACAAACGUGGGCAGCAGUAUAUUGCUGCCCACGUACAUCGGUCCAUUUCGCGUUUUGCGCCGAAUGGGUAACGCAUACACGAUUGAACUGCCCCGUAAGAUGCGUACGCAUCCUACAUUUUACGUUGGUCGUAUCCGCCCGUACUAUUAG